UUCAACUCCCAUGAUUCAACUCUGAGCAACUGUGUGCGCAGUUGUUAGUAGGUCCAAGAGACGCCAGUAGCUUUAGCCAUCAUUGAAUGACUUUGUCACCCUGUGCGGCGGCAGGGUAAAGAAAGUUGCCUAUUUGACAGGUCGAGAUCAAUAUCGGAACUCAUGGAGGCCCUUAUUCCUGUCAUAAACAAACUGCAGGAUGUAUUUAACACGGUCGGCGCAGACAUAAUUCAACUGCCGCAGAUAGUUGUUGUGGGAACUCAGAGCAGUGGAAAGAGUUCGGUUUUAGAAAGCCUGGUUGGCAGGGACCUCCUGCCACGUGGCACUGGCAUCGUCACACGCCGACCCCUUAUCCUACAGCUAGUGCACAUCGAUCCAGAGGACCGCAGGAAAACCAAUGAAGAGAAUGGCAUCGACGGAGAGGAAUGGGGCAAAUUUCUACACACCAAAAACAAGAUCUAUACCGACUUCGAAGAGAUCAGGCAAGAAAUCGAAGCAGAAACGGAAAGAAUUUCUGGCAAUAACAAGGGUAUUAGUGAUGAACCCAUUCACCUGAAAAUCUUCUCGCCACACGUUGUGAACCUCACAUUGGUGGACCUUCCUGGAAUUACAAAGUUACCGGUGGGAGACCAGCCCAAAGACAUAGAGUCCCAGAUCAGAGAAUUGAUCUUCAAGUACAUCUGCAACCCCAACUCCAUCAUCCUGGCUGUGACUGCUGCCAAUACAGACAUGGCAACCUCGGAGGCCCUUAAAGUGGCCCGCGAGGUGGACCCUGAUGGCAGAAGGACGCUAGCAGUGGUGACCAAGCUGGAUCUGAUGGAUGCUGGCACAGAUGCCAUGGAUGUAUUAAUGGGCAGAGUCAUUCCUGUCAAACUGGGCAUUAUUGGAGUCGUUAACAGGAGUCAGUUGGAUAUCAAUCAGAGGAAGUUGGUGGCAGAUGCCACCCGUGAUGAAUAUGCCUUCCUACAGAAGAAGUACCCGUCCCUUGCCAACAGAAAUGGAACCAAAUAUCUGGCCAGAACAUUGAACAGGUUACUCAUGCACCACAUCAGAGACUGUCUCCCUGAGCUGAAGACGAGGAUCAACGUGCUGGCAGCGCAGUACCAGUCGUUACUCAACGGUUAUGGUGAACCUGUCGACGACAAGAGCUCCACGUUGCUGCAGCUCAUCACCAAGUUUGCUGCGGAGUACUGCCACACCAUAGAGGGCACGGCCAAGUACAUCGAGACAACUGAGCUAUGUGGUGGAGCAAGAAUCUGUUAUAUAUUUCAUGAAACGUUUGGUCGCACAUUGGAGUCAGUAGAUCCUCUGGGCGGUCUGACAACCAUCGAUGUGCUCACAGCAAUCAGAAAUGCAACGGGCCCGAGGCCUGCUUUAUUCGUGCCUGAGGUUUCGUUUGAGCUGCUGGUGAAGCGGCAGGUCAAGCGCCUGGAGGAGCCCAGUCUGCGCUGCGUGGAGCUGGUUCACGAGGAGAUGCAGAGGAUUAUCCAGCACUGCAGCAACUACAGCACACAGGAGUUACUGAGGUUUCCAAAGCUCCAUGAUGCCAUAGUAGAAGUGGUCACCUCGUUACUCAGAAAGAGACUCCCGGUCACCAAUGAAAUGGUUCACAACCUGGUUGCCAUUGAGCUGGCUUAUAUCAACACCAAGCAUCCUGACUUUGCUGAUGCCUGUGGCCUCAUGAACAAUAACAUUGAGGAGCAGAGACGCAACAGAAUGAGAGACCUGCCCCCUGCCGUCCCCAGAGACAAGUCCUUUAAUGGCCCAGGUGGGCAGUCUCUCUCCCCCACUGAGCCUCUUGCCCUCGAGGGCGAGGCCACCAAGGCAGCAGCCGGUGGCUCUCAGAGCGGCCCUGGCAGCGAGCAGACAGACGGGGGGACGGGGAACUGGAGAGGCAUGUUGAGGAAGGGAGAGGACGGAUCAGCUGGUGACAGAACCAUGAUGCAGCACCCGUAUCCUUCAAGCCCGCAGAAGGGCUACGCUGUCAACCUGCUCGAUGUGCCUGUUCCAGUGUCCAGGAAGUUGUCUGCUCGGGAGCAGAGGGACUGCGAGGUCAUCGAGAGACUCAUCAAGUCAUACUUCCUUAUCGUGCGGAAAAACAUCCAGGACAGUGUACCGAAGGCCGUGAUGCACUUCCUGGUGAACCACGUGAAGGACUGCCUGCAGAGUGAGCUGGUGGGGAAGUUAUACAAGGCUGGCCUGCUGGACGACCUGCUGACAGAGUCCGAGGACAUGGCUCAGAGACGCAACGAGGCCGCUGACAUGCUCAAGGCUUUGCAGAAAGCCAGCCAGGUGAUCGCAGAGAUCCGAGAAACCCACAUGUGGUGAGGUCGGCCUCUCUUCAGCAGGCUCUCUUCAUCCCGUUAUGGACCAUCCGAACGCUCCUGCGGUGUCUCCCUGUUCCUCAAACCACAGAGACGAACAACUUGAAAAUGCACUGCUGUGGAUAUGUGUAUAUCGGAAGAUAGUUUUAACGUACAGUAAGGACUUGGAUUUAAUAAAAGGCAGUACAUAUCAGCUCCUCGCCGUCAGCAUCACACGUGCUUCUCUCCUAGAUUAUUAUAUUUUUCUUAUGUAAUUGAAACGAUAAAUAAAUAGAUAAUGUUAUGCAUCACCACUAUGUGGAGCCUUGCUGAGGAAUGUCUGCUCUUAUUGUAGAUUUGAAUUAAAGGUAAAAAUGACAAACCCUUGCUGAAACAUCUAAAUGCUCUCUUUAUCAUGUCAAUUCUUUUAUUAGGUGUUGACAGGAUAAUGUCUACUGCUGAUUGUGUCAAAGAAAUGCUCUUCAUUUAGAUACAACAGUGUUGUUUUUAUGUAAACAUGAAACUAUUCAACAUCAGAUCCAUAAAUCCCUUUUGUUUACAUGUUUCAAUAAGCUCUCGUACACCGUGGUGGAGGUUUCGGUACGCUGAAUCAGCUGUUACUGAAAGAUUCUGGCUGAUUUUAGGUUUUUGUAUAAACGUGUUAUGGUAUUGUAUGCUGGACUUAAUUACACAGAAGAUGCAGCAGAGUGGAUGUAACGACGUAUUUAUUUAUUGUUUUGAUAUGAUAAUUCACAUGUAACCCAACACAACACAACAGAACAGUGAAUACACGCAUAAUAGACACGUAGGCCAGUCACUGGUGUCAAGGUCUGCUUCGUCCUCCUCGCGCUGCUCCUUUACCUCAGCCGGCCGCCCAUCUUGCCCUUGCCUCGUCCUUUGGCACUGAAAGGAUGCAGGGAAAGAUUAAUGCCAAAUGCCAAGCACUGCAAUCAGGGGGUUUAGGACAAGUGGAGGUCAUUGGUGGUAUACACCGGUGUGUUCUCAAAUAUAAAUCCGUUUUGCUUUGGUGAAAAUUGUAAGAAGACAGCAAAUGAUAUUAAUGAGGCUCAAGUGUUUGUUACACGAAUGACUUUGCAAAUAAAAUGACAGUUUAAUUCCUUUUGUA